UCAGUUUGAGUUUGUCCGUCGAAGCCGCCAGUGCGUCUUGGUGCUGCUGUCGCCAGUUCCAGUUGCCUUGUUACUGCUGUAGCUACUGCUACUGUUCUUGCUGUUGCUCGCGGUGUCGCUGUCGCUGUCGUCGUCAGUGGAACGUGCGCCGAGCUUAGUACGUGUGUGUCAGUGUGUGUGAGCCGUGCUCUACGGACGAGUUUGUAGGUUUCUUCUCCGAAAGCGAAAACUGGCGCUCAAGUUCAGUUGGCGAUUUGUCGAUUUCUAUGCAAAUCAUUCCUCGGAAAAGAAACACAUAUAACCCAGAGCCAGAGCCGCCGCCAUAACAAAGACGGCCAGAAAAAGAGCGUGCUAUUUUUAUUUUGCUAAAUGUCGACUCGAGGCUCACGUCGACGGAGCAAAUCAGCGGACACAGAGACGGUGACGGUGGCGGAGACGUAGACUUGCGAGAGACUGUAACCCGAGUCGCCGUCCACGGCAGGGAAGAAACAAAAAGCUAAAAAAUAAAAAAAAAACAGACAAACAGAAACAGAUUGUAUCUGUAUCUAUAGUCGCGACUUGCGGUUCGUGUGCGCACAUUCGUUUCGCUGCAUCUGUAUGUGUUUCUGUGCCCGCGUCUGCGUCUGCGGCAAAGCGCAAAAAGUAAUCAUAAACUAAAGGGAAAGAUAAGCAAAUAAAUAAAAAGUCUACCGCUCCCAACCGCCGCCGCGGAGUACCGAUAGACAGGCCGACGAAACCGAAAAGAAGAGCUUUACGACUCGCCGCGAGUCAGCUGAGUCGGCUUCGGCGGCAGCAAUGUAAGCGGUUCUCCAACCAGCAAUCGAGGGCCUGCAAUCAGGAAGGAAGCAGUUUUAAAGAGCGGGAAGCGAGUGCGAUCUUUGAGCCUCGAGCCAUGGACUAUCUUUGCAUACUGAAUGCCUUCGAGCAGAACUACUACAACCGCGUCAAGGAAAUAGAACGCUUGGCCGCAGCAGCAGCUGCCGCCUCCUCGUCGUCCCCCGCCUCAUCCGCCUCGCCCGCCUCCUCCACAGCCUCCACAUCCUCCGCAUCCUGUCUGAAUGGCCCGUCAACUUCCUCGACCGCCUCCUCCACGGGCAGCUCGCCAAGUACGUCUGUGCGCGAGGUGGCCCAUGCAGCCGCUGCUCUCGCUGCCUCUCAAAGAUUGGCUGCUUAUCAGGGCCAGGAACAAGGACAGGGGCAGGGAAUGAUAUACCAGCACCACCGCCAGCAGAUGGAGCAGCUCCAACAGAGCCACGCACUACGAUCUGGCUCCGUCACUCCCCAGUCCCAGCCAGCCUCGGAUCCAAACUCCUCCAACAUGGCUAACAGCCUACUGUGGCAGCCCUGGCGCGAUCUUCAGCAGGCUGCCGCCAUGCAUCACCAGCUCUACAGGCAGCAGCAGCAGUUCCAGAAAGAGAUGCGUGUAACAGCCAAAGAGCUGCCCACUACCAAGUGGCGACGGGAGCGGCGCCAGCGUACCGCCGAAUACCAGGUCCACGACGCCGUCAGCAGCGACCGGGAGCGGGAGCGGGAGGAUCGGGACAUGGACAGUCCUAUUGACAUGUCGGUGUCAUCCGGGACGUUGAAGCACCAGCUGCGCGCCUCGCCUCCUCCGCCCUAUCGCGAGCCGUUGCCCGGAACCAACUAUGCGGCCAACAGCAGGCCCAGCGUCAUCACCCAGGCACCUCCGAAGCGGGAGCCGCCGGAGCAGGCCCAUUCCUCAGACGUGGCGAUGUCCGACAUCGACGAGCAUUUCCGGCGAUCGCUGGGCGAGAACUAUGCUGCCUUGUUCUCCAAGAAGUCGCCAACGCCCACGCCAACUCCAACACCAUCGCCCGGCGUGACCCCUAAGCAGCAGGCAUCUCCACUAGCCCACGGACCGCCUUCGGUGAGCUGCACAGCAGCCCCAGUGGCUUCGCACCUUUAUCAGCAGCACCGUUCACCACUAGCCUUGCCCGUGCUGCACUCGCCCAUUCUAAGGUCGAGACCGGAGUCACCGCAACUGGAGCUUCCACCGCCGCAGGACGAACCGCUGCCCCUGUCGUUGGCAUUGCAUCGCAACCAAGCGCCUCCGUCCCCGCCGCCCUCGGCAAAGGAAGCGGGACCAGCGCUGGCAAUGACGGACAACGAGGUAAUGGAGCCGGCCACACCUCACCACACGCCGCCCAGGUACAAUACUCCGUCGCCGGCGUAUGCAGCCAACAGCGUGCCAGGCGGAUCCGUUGGGACGCCGAACUUGACCACGACGCCAACAACGACCCCGACCCCGACCCCGACCCUGACUCCCACUCCAACUGCAACUCCGAAUCCGACUCAGCCGACCACUCAGCUUCCUACGACGCCCUCUAUGCCGGCGAUUAUUCGUGUCAAGGCAGAACCAGGACUUGCGGCCGCUGCCGCCUCUUCGACGCAGACGCCGCCCGCCUCGCCCACAUCAUCCACGAACAUCUCGAUAUUCACCAAGACUGAAGCCUCUGUCGACGACCACUUUGCCAAGGCUCUGGGCGACACCUGGAAGAAGCUGCAGGGCGGGCACAAGGAGUAAAAGUUCCCCAGGAUACUGAUCCCGAUCCCAACUCAAGAGCUGUUUUUUAUUAUAAAUAUUUCAAACUACACAAUUAAUGUUUAUAGAUCUCAUGCUGAUGUGAACGGAAAUUCUUCAACUGCGAGUGUAUUACAAGUUUCUGAUAAAUAUGAUUUUAUUGAAUAUUGAUUAUAUCGAUAAUGAUAUCGGUAAUCAAACGGAUAUAUGAUAUAUGUAUAUUGCAAAGUGUAUACGUACAAGUGACAAAAUUUUGUAUUCUUAAUGCUUAGUUGGUAGAAACUAAUCCUUAAUAAUAUACACCUAUUAAAAAUAAGUGAACAAUCCUA